AUGGACUACACGCACCAAACUGCUCUAGUCCCGUGCGGACAAGAUAAAUACAUGUCCAAGAAUGAACUUCUCCUCCAUCUGAAGACCUACAACUUGUACUAUGAAGGCCAGAACCUGCAACUCCGACACAGAGAGGAAGAAGACGAGUUCAUUGUGGAGGGACUGCUGAACAUCUCCUGGGGGCUGCGCAGGCCCAUUCGGCUCCAGAUGCAGGAUGACCACGAACGCAUCCGUCCCCCUCCAUCCUCCUCUUCCUGGCACUCUGGCUGUAACCUGGGCGCACAGGGCACCACCCUGAAGCCCCUCACCACGCCCACUGUUCAGAUCUCAGAAGUGGACGUGCCGGCUGAAAGCAGUGAGACACCCAGCCCCACAGACUCCAGGGGCCUGAAACCUGUGCAGGAGGACACCCCACAGUUGAUGCGCACUCGCAGUGAUGUUGGGGUGCGUCGCCGUGGCAAUGUGAGGACAUCCAGCGACCAGCGGCGAAUCAGACGCCAUCGUUUCUCUAUCAAUGGCCAUUACUACAACCACAAGACAUCAGUUUUCACACCAGCCUAUGGAUCUGUCACCAAUGUCCGAAUCAACAGUACCAUGACUACCCCGCAGGUCCUGAAGCUGCUGCUCAACAAGUUUAAGAUUGAGAACUCAGCAGAGGAGUUUGCUCUGUACGUGGUCCAUACUAGCGGUGAGAAGCAGAAACUGAAGAACUCCGACUACCCCCUGAUCGCCCGCAUCCUCCAGGGCCCAUGUGAACAGGUCUCCAAAGUCUUCCUAAUGGAGAAGGACCAGGUGGAGGAGGUCACCUAUGAUGUGGCUCAGUACAUCAAGUUUGAGAUGCCAGUCCUGAAGAGCUUCAUUCAGAAACUCCAGGAGGAAGAGGACCGGGAGGUGGAGAAGCUGACGCGCAAGUACACUGUGCUUCGGCUAAUGAUUCGGCAAAGGCUGGAGGAGAUAGCAGAGACCCCUGAGACUAUCUGA